AGAACGCGUAUUGUAAGUAGCCCUUCUUACUUGUCAGGAAUAGUAAACUACAUCUGCGGAACGUUCUCAACAAAUCCCUUAUUUAACCGCGAUCUCAGAGUCCUGAACCGGGAAUAUCACCAUUGGCCAUGAAUCGUAGAUGAAAAACUUUACAAGUGCUUCUGAGAUUUUGAGAGUAGCAUAUCGAUGGGUUUGUGCAAACAUGAACUGGCUACAUUAUAACAAGUGGAUGGGCGCAUGCAUUCGACUCAAACCUGUUCUCCUGUUAUAAUUAAGGGAAUGACGUCUGAGAGACAGAAGUAAAGGAUUGUACAUCAAGUCUGCCUUCAUUUAUUUUCUUUGAAACCAACAUAAUUAAAACUGUACUUCAUGGUAUUCGGAAGAAACUGAAAUCUACAUUCCAGGAGUCUAUUGCAAGGUGGGCUUGCAGUAGCGAUUGACAGAAAAUGCGACUGGGGUCGUGUUUGCUCAAAUGGCUGGGGAUAGGGAUUGGAAUCCUUUCUUUAGUUUCCUACAGCUGGUCUCAAGAUAAUGCAGAAGACUGGCAUUAUGAGGAGUGCAAGCUUUCCAGGACUGGCCCACCUGCCACCAUUGUAGCGAUUGAUGAGGAAAGUCCAAAUGGGACGGUCCUGGUCGAAAAUAUGCAAAUAAAUGGAAGAUCUCAAGACCCAGACCGGACCAUUUCCUUGUCCUUGCGAGACAACUACGACCGCUGGGUUAUCUUGGACCCGGUGGCACAAAGAUUAUACCUAAACAGCACUGGUCGAGUUCUCGACAGAGACCCUCCGUCCUACACCCACUCCAUCGUGGUGCAGGUGCAGUGCACCAACGAGCUGGUCGGGACGGUCAUUCUGCACGAGGUGCGGAUAGUCGUCAGGGACCGCAACGACAACACCCCUCGUUUCCAGCAGCCCCGCUACUAUGUAGCGGUAAACGAGCUGACCCCCGUUGGCACGACCAUCUUCACCGGCUUCUCUGGAAAUAAUGGCGCCACGGACAUCGACGACGGGCCGAAUGGACAAAUCGAGUACAUCAUUCAGUUCAACCCGAAUGACCCGACUUCAAACAGAACCUUCAGCAUCCCUCUCACCCUCGCCGGGUCGGUCGUGCUCAGGGAGAGGCUCAACUACGAAGAAACCACCCGUUACCUGGUCAUCAUUCAGGCUAAUGACCGGGCCCCUUACCCUAACGACAGGCUGACCGCCACCACCACGCUAACGGUGGACGUGCUGGACGGGGACGACCUGGGACCCAUGUUCCUGCCCUGCGCGCCGGUGGGCAGCACCCGAGACUGCACCCCGCUCACCUACAAGGCCGUCAUCCUGGAGCUCACGGACCCAAGCAGAGUGAACCCCGUUAAUGUCACUCCUCCCAUUCAAGCGGUUGAUCAGGACCGAAACAUCCAGCCUCCGUCGGACCGGCCGGGCGUCCUUUACUCCAUCCUCGUUGGCAAACCGGAGACGUACGCGGAGUACUUCACACUGAAUCGGACCACAGCUGAGCUCCACCUCCUGAAGCCGAUCAGCAGGGACCUGUACCACAAAUUUGACUUGGUAAUCAAGGCGGAGCAAGACAACGGGCACCCCCUGCCAGCGUUUGCUAGUUUGCACAUCGAGGUCCUUGAUGAGAAUAAUCAGGCCCCGUACUUCAACGUGUCCUCCUAUCAGGGGUUCAUCAUCGAGUCCGCGCCAGUGGGGACGACUAUCUCGAGCAAUUCCAAUCUCACCGCGCCCCUCAGCAUCAUUGCCUUGGAUAAUGACAUUGAGGAGACAAAAGACCCCAUGGUGCAGAUAUCCUUGAACAGCUACAACAGCAUCUUCACCGUGACUCCCCUGGGGAUCACGCGGCAUCUCACCCUGCUGAAACCCUUGGACCGUGAAGAACAGCAGACCUACACCUUCACGAUGAUUGCGUCUGACGGGGUCCAGGAGAGUGCACCGGUGACUGUUAAUAUUUCAGUGAUCGAUGCCAACGAUAACACUCCAACCUUCCCCAACAUCUCCUACAGUGUCGAUGUUUACACAGACAUGCAACCGGGGGAAACAGUGUUACGGCUGAUGGCCCUGGAUGCGGACGAGGGUCCCAACGGGCUGAUAAGCUACGAGAUCUUGGCCGGCGGUCAGGGAGACUUCACCAUCAAUAACCGCAGCGGCCUGAUCGCCGUGGCGCCCGGGGUCCGCCUGGCUGUGGGGCGCUCCUAUGCCCUGACUGUCAAGGCCGAGGACAACGCCCACGAGUCUCAGAGAAGGAGCUCCAUCACCACCGUGUACAUAGAGGUCCUCCCCCCCAACAACCAGAGCCCCCCUCGCUUCCCCUCCUUCACGUACAGCCUGGAGGUCAGCGAAGCCAUGAGGACGGGGGCCGUUCUGCUCAACCUGCAGGCAACGGACCGUGAAAGGGAUCCAAUCACAUACCGCAUCCAAAACGGUGAUUCAGAAAACAACUUCAACCUCUCAGAAACUUCAGGGCUACUUUUACUGGGGAAGGCGCUGGACAGGGAGACCACAGAUCACUACAUCCUGACCAUCACCGCCGGCGACGGUCGCCCAGAGGGGAUCUCCACAGCCACUGUAACAAUAGUGGUCACUGACGUCAAUGACAACGAUCCUGUCUUUGACCUGCUUCUGCCCAAAAACUUCACUGUGAAGGAAGAGGAGGCCAAUUUGUUUGUUGGUCAAGUAAAGGCCACUGAUCCGGAUGCGGGGGUUAACGGACAGGUGAGGUACCGGCUGGUGAACCACGCCGGGCUGUUCAGGAUCAACAGCAACGGCACCGUCUUCACGGGCGUGCCCCUGGACCGCGAGGCCCGGAGCGAGUACCACCUGGUGGUGGAGGCCUCGGACGGCGCCGUGGACCCCCGCCGCGCCACCGUCACGCUCUCCGUCCAGGUGCUGGACGUCGACGACAACAGCCCCGUCUUCACCCAGGCCUCCUACGCGGUCAGCCUGCCGGAGAAUGGCCCCGUGGGCACGGUCAUCCUGCAGCUGAGCGCCAAAGACGCAGACCUCGACUCCAACGUCACCUACCGGAUAAGGACAGAGGAGGCCAGGCAGCUGUUCUCCAUCAGUCCGGUUACCGGGCAGCUAUCGGUGCUGCAGGCGCUGGAUUUCGAGAACCUCUCCGCUUCAGGGGCCACCUACACCUUUGUGGUGGAGGCCUUGGACAGUGGUGGGAACAUGCCCCCAGGGAUGGCCACUGUCACCGUAAAAGUCACAGAUAUGAACGAUUACUCCCCGGUGUUCAGUCGGGCCAUGUACAGGGGUAUGGUGGCGCCCGAUGCUGUCAAGGGAACGGUCAUCACCGCGGUGUUCGCCGAGGACCAGGACCCUGCGGACACUGCAGCCAGCCGGGUUCGGUACCGGGUGGAUCCAGACCAGUUUCCCUACAGCGGCAGCAUUUUCGACGUGGAAGAAGAUUCCGGAAAUGUCAUCACCAGGGUCAAUCUCAACGAGCAGCCCAGUACAACAUUCAGGCUUGUUGUCAUCGCGUAUGAUGACGGUGACCCAGUGAAGCUCAACCGGACCCUGGUGGAGAUCACUGUUCUUCAGCCUUCAGUAAUCCCUGUCUUCAUCCAAGAGGAAUACAGGUUUGCACCUGUGAGUGAGAAUGCUCAAGUGGGGAAGGUGGUGGGAACCGUAAUGGCUGCCGCUGUGAACCAGACAAUAGUGUACUCCAUUGUGGAAGGGAAUGAAAAUGGAAUAUUCUCAAUGAAUAACAUCACUGGGGUCAUCUCCACGGCCAGCCUGUUGGACUACGAGUCCGUCAAUGGCUACACCCUCCGUGUGCAGGCGGACUCCAUGAGCGUGGUUGCGUCCAAUCUACGCGUGACUGCAAAAACCAACACAGCCAAAGUGUUUAUUGAUGUUCAGGAUGAAAAUGAUCACCCUCCUGUUUUCACCGAAAAGCUCUACCUGGGAGGGGUCACAGAAGAUGCCAAGACGUUCACCUCCGUGCUCCAGGUCCAAGCUUUGGACGAGGACACAGGGAAUUACAGUGCGAUGCAGUACAGGCUGGUCAUUCCAUCCAUGGCCCGCAAAAAGGACGGCUUUGUGGUGGAGCCGUACACUGGCGUCAUUAAAACUGCCAUCAUGUACAGAAACAUGCGCAGGUCCUACUUCAAAUUCGACGUCGUUGCGACGGAUAACUACGGGAAGGGUUUGAGCAGCAGUGCGCAAGUAGUGGUCUCGGUGGUUAAUCAGCUGGACAUGCAGGUGGUGGUGUCCAACGUGCCUCCCACCGUCGUCGAGCAGAACAAAGACCAGCUCAUCGGGAUUCUGGAGCGUUACGUUCAGGACCAGAUCUCAGGGGCCAAAGUGGUGGUGGAGUCCAUCGGGCCACGGCGGUAUGGGGACGGGUUCGAGCAGGAGGACUAUUCUAAGUCUGACCUUGUGGUGUACGCCAUCGACCCUAUGACCAACCGGGCCAUAUCGCGGCAGGAGCUCUUCAAGUUCCUGGACGGCAAGCUCCUGGACAUAAACAAGGAGUUCCUGCCCUACCUGGGCCAGGGCGGGCGCAUCCUGGAGAUCCGCACCCCCGACAUCGUGGCCAGCGUCAAGAAGGCGGCGCAGUCCAUGGGCUACACGGAGGGGGCGCUGCUGGCCCUGGCCAUCAUCAUCAUCGUCUGCUGCGUCCCCGCCAUCCUUAUCGUCAUGUUGACGUACAAACAGUUCAAAGAGCGACAGGCCGAAUGCGCCAAAACUGCCAGGAUCCAAAUGGCACUGCCAGCUGGCAAAACCGCCGGGGGCGCUGCCAACAACCUCUACGAAGAACUUGGAGACAGCUCCAUACUUAAGCGAGGAUAUGGACAUCAAGAGCAACAGCAGUUGCUAAGGCCGUCUCUCCUAAGGCCAGAGGAGCUCUCCAUGGAGUCCGGCAUCGACCCAGGGCAGGAGUACUACACCCAGGAUUACUAUAAUUAUGACCACGGCUAUGACCUUCCACAGUACGGCAGUCGCAGGAAGUUGAUCUCUCCAUCGGGCUUGUAUGAUGAGUAUGGAGAGGUGAUUGUGGAGGAUGAUGGGAGCUUCUACUACAGCCCGCAUGGGUCAGAAGGAGAGGUUUCCACUCGAGGCAGGCGGCCAUUGCGUGGCCAAGAUCUGCCUGGGAGACCCCAGAGAGUGGCUUUUGGGGUCCCGCCCCCAGCUGAUCCAGUCGGGCAGGCGGAGCCCACAGACAAGGGCACAGAGGCCGGGGGCUCAAAGACAACUAAGAGGACUAAGCUGAUCAUGAAACUCAGCAAGUUCUUAGCGGCCAGCAGGGGCACUGCUGAGCAGGCCGAUGCCUCCGCCUCCACCCCCGCCCCCGCCUCACGUCACAUUCCAUGGAAGAAGUCUAAAAUAUUCCCCAUGAUGUUCCCCAAGGAGAAAAAAGAUGGCAGGGACUACGACAAGCUGGCGUCCAUGCGGCGCCCUGACAGCCUGGAGAGUGGCAUGGUCAUCAGCGGCAGCUACUUCCAGAAGUCUGACGGCAAGUCCUCGGCGAAGAAGAGGCUGGGGAAGGCAUUGAACCACAUUAACAUCUCUCAGAAGCUGCGCUCUCGGAGGGUGUCCCAGAGCAGUGGCAGCAUGAGCCGGAGGGAAGAGCCUUCUUCACAGGCUGCUGGUGACUCUGAAAAGGAUCAGAGAAGAUCCAAGGUCUCUAUCAGCAUCAUGGGUGUGAGUGAACCUGAGGCCGGCAGCAUCCGCAGCGCAGCGCCCUCUGUGGGGGUAGUGGACUCAUUGGAUAGAAGAAGCGUUGCCCCUUUGACUGAAGGCAAAAACUAUCUUAAGCUGGACAUGUAUCCAGAGGACCGCAAUGAGAGCACUGUGGAUUCAGACGAGGAAGGCCCAGCAGAUUCAGAUGGGUGCAAGUCAAGGUCUGACACAGAUAAAGACUAUUCUGCCACAGAAAAAGAGUCAGAGACUGAGAGAGAAUCAGAGACAGAAAGAGAAUCACACACAGGAAUAGAGUCAGAGACAGAGAAAGACUCAGACUCAGGAAGGGAGUCAGAGACUGAGAAAGAAUCAGUCACAGAAAAGGAGUCAGAGACAGAGAAAGAGUCUGAUUCAGAAAAGGAAUCUGAAACAGGCCAGGAGUCUGAAGAUAAUGACGAUAAUGAAGAAAAAAGUAUAUCAUCAGGUGAGUCAGAGGAUGAGGAGUCACAUACAUUUGCAGCCUCUGAAUCUGGAUCACAGAUGUCCUCUGUUCACAACCUCUCGAGAUCUUCACACACAGGAAGUAGCACAAGGUCGUCAGGCAGGUCCAUCAAAGACACAUCAGCAAGUGGGAGAACCAGUGGCACAAAGAGCAGAGGAGCUUCAGUGAACAGCCGGGGCAGCGGUACGCACUCCUCUAAAACAGAGCUGAGGAAGGAGGCCACUGACGGAAGCUCCAGGAGCUUAAGAUCCACAAGAGGGAGCUCCAGAUCGAGGAAGUCAUCUUUCCCUGGAGGACCAGAAGACACGAUUGAAGAGGAAAGCGAGGAAGAGGAGUCUGUUUCAGGAGAAGAAGAGCGAAGAACGGAGAGCCCUCAGUCAGAGGACUCAGAAGAAGUCAUGAGUGAGGGGUCCACGUCCAGGAGGUCCACUUUCAACCAGAGCAGUAAAAGCAGAAGUCUGAGGUCCCACGGUGGGACACUGGGCAGCACAAAGACCCGCAGCGGUGUGACGGAGAGCUCGGAGGAAGGCAGUGACCUUUCACCCAUAACAGAAGUGGACGAAGACCCAACUGCAUCCGAGGAAGCGUCAGUGGGCAGUAGAUCACGGAGAAAGGUCAGCAGACAGGCCAAAUCAGGAAAAUCCAUGUCCAGUGCCACUAGCCACAGCGCUACUUCCAGGGCGCGAGCUUCCGGGUCGAGUCGUUCCGCCGUCUCCGGGUCCCGCUCUCUGUCCUCUGCCAGCGUCAAGUCCCGUGGCCGACGGUCCUCAGCGUCUAGGGUGGCCUUGGGUGCCAGCAACCAGCCUUCAUCAGACAGGACUAUCGUGGAGGAGGAGGAGGAGGAGUCUGAAAAUGAGACCACAGAUUCAGAGGCCUAAGGAGCUGCCUCUUUUUAAACGACAUUCUUUUUCCAGCGUCACUGAUAUGGAAGAAAGAAAAGGAUCAAGCUGGUAGUGGAUCGGGAGUACGAGACCAGCUCCACCGGGGAGGACAG